UGGAGUGCAAAGAUUUUUCUGUAGUAUGUAUCAAUUAUUAUAAUUUUGCCAUGUGAACCAUUUCUUCAGUAACAACACAAGUCUGCACGCAGUCUCAACGUGUUGGAUAAUCAUAUAAAAAGAUGGGAAACAGUCAUCUUCUUGGUAACAGAGGUCCUCAACUAAUUCCUUGCCGGUUACAGCUGGGAAGAUCUGCUGCAAUCGACGUGUCCAGACGCGUGGAUGAAGGAAUUAACGAGCUUGACAAAAUAUGUUGACAGUGACGGUAAUCUCUGCAUGGUAAAGUUGAGCCUGGAUGAAACUGAUGUGUAUUCAAACUGGGGUGAUUUCAGCUUUACCAUACAAAGAACUGGAACAUCCAGUUUUCUUCAGAUGCACCCCAACAUGGUGUGGGCGGAUUUUCAAUCCAUUAUGUCGAUGAAGACCAACAACGCCGUUGAUGCAUGUGGCGUCUCUACGCAAACGGUACUUUACUUGUAUAGGAGAGGAAAGAGGGGGGGUCUUGUUGUUACGGAGUGCAAGAGAAAUAGAGGGGAUAAAGAGGCUAAUGCGGUGACCAUGGCACACUACUUUGCUAACAGUGACGAUGACAAAGAUAUCGGGCUUUCUGUUGUUGCCAAGAUUCGUGCUGCAUUAAAUGGAAAAUUGGAUGUAACUGUUGAAGGCCCUGAGCAACACCCUGCUUUUUCACUACUUCACAUGUUUGAUGAAGUUAAUAGAACCAGGAGUUGGAAGCCUGCUAUUUUCUCUCAUUGUGCUGCCAACAUUCGUGGUGCCAGAGAACCAGGUAACCGGCAAAAUGUAAGAAUAAUUGACAAUGGUGACGGUGAAAAGUACAUGGGGGGUCCUAUUGGUUGUCACAUUGAAAGAUAUGAGGAUCAUAGAAGGCUUGUGCUCUCUGACAGUGAAGACAUAUUACCACGUCGUGCUCGUGCCCACCGGCAAAAGGCAAGAGGAAUUGUCAAUGGUGCAAGGCUCAUGGGAAAUGAUCGCCGGUCAAUGUUUUUGCAGCCCGAGGACGACGACACUGACGACGGCGAUGGAGUUCGAUUUCCACGAUGUAGUGGCAACAUCAGUGUUAACAUUGCUCAAGAGCACAAGUUAUUCUUCCAGCCUGCUGCUAAUCCCUUUAUCAACAAGUAACUACCAGCGACCAUCUUGGAGAAGAAAAUAAAUUUAGGUGCUUUUGUUUUUGUUUUUUAUUUAGUGCGCUGAUUGUUAUAUUAUAAAUCCCAGAAAAGAUGUUCAAAGUUGUGUCUGUUUGUAACCUACUAGUACUUUACAUCUGAAAUUGGGAUUUUGCAAUGCUACUUUGGGCUAUAGUGAUAAUGGCUAGGCGCCUUAACCUCCAACAAGCUAAGUUAUCUUUGAGUUGAGAUGGAUUCUCUGUUUGCUAUCACCACUGGUUCAGGAGAUUAGAAGACUUCCUUCAGAUAUGUCUAUAGAGAGUCUUAAAAGGAAGCCAGAGGAGUUUCGUUUAUGCGCUG